CGGGUCGGGGAUGAGAUCCUGCCCCAAGUGGAGGAGUUCAAUGACACAAACCUGCCUGUAUUCCCAAAGAUUUUGGAAUAUGCACGGGACAUGGGUAUUGAUCCAGAGAAAGAGCCUGAGCUCAUGUGGCUUGCCAAAGAGGCAAUGUUGGCCCGACUUCCUCCACAUUGGGUUCCUUGCCAAGAUGGAACUGGUGAUGUUUUCUAUUACGACAUUCAUUCAACCACUUCCUCGUGGGAACAUCCUUGUGAUGUUCAGUACCGCGAAAUGGUGGCUCGGGAACGCGAGCGCCUACAGCAGGCUGCUCCUCCUUUGGAGUCAGAAGUCAAACAGAAAAUGGACAAGAGAAUUACUCUUCAAGCUGAGUCCGGGAUUUCUUGUCUUGACAGUCAACUGGAGACUGAUGCUAAAGAAAAAAUAGACAGUGAAUCUACAAAGAGGUUUGCUGAUCUACCUCUACUAAUGGAGAUUAAGCAGUACGCACGGGACAUAGGUAUAGAUCCAGAGAGUGAACCUGAGCUUAUGUGGCUUGCCAAGCAAGCCAUAACUGCAAAACUGCCCCCAGGAUGGUUAGAGAGAGAAGAUGAGAGUGGAAACAUUUAUUUUCACAACUGCCAAUUAGACACAUGCAUUUGGGAGCAUCCCUCGAAAGUGCACUAUGGUAAGCUGGUCAUUAAGGAGCGCCAGCGUAUUCGGCGCAAGACUGUCGAUGGGGCGUCUACAGUAAAGAAAAGCAAGAAGAAAGUAAAAGAAAAACAGGAGGAAAAGGACAAGAGGAAAAAGACUAAGGCUGCACUCAAGAAACAUGUUAAUGUUAGUGCACAUCUGUUGGAGGAGCUGUUGGAUGCUCAAGUUUUAGCAACAGAUACUGAAAAAGAAGGGGACAAAGAGCCAAAGAGUGAAAAGGCAGUUGUUUCCAUCAGGAUGUUAGAAGAAAAUCAAAUCCAUCCAACCAGACCAGAAGAAGAGACCGAAGAGAGGGAGCAGUUCAGGGGUGAAAAUGAGCAAGGUGAUCAGAUAGCGAGAAAUGGAGAGAAAGACAAGAGGAAAGAGGCUGGUUUUGAUGGGAAUGAUGACGCAGAACCUGUCAUCAGGAAGGAGGAAACAAAAACGCAAGUUUUCCAAAUUGAGGUGAAGAGAGCAGAAGAGGGGGAGAAGUGGCAGUUGAAAAGUGAGAUGGAGAAAAAGUAUCCACCACAGAAAGACCCCAGGAACGAAGUGUUCAAGUGUUUAACUGGUAAAUCAGAGACAAUAAGACAACUCAAUCAAGAGCACCAGAAGGGAGAAGAGGAGGAAGAGAUAAAGCUGUUGAAAAAGGAAAGCCUGCUGAGAUUGCGGUGCUACCAGGAGCAGCUGAAGAAAGAGGAACAGGAAGAGAUGGAAAGAUUGAGGCUUGAGAAAGAGACAAGAAAACUUUACCAUGAAGAACAAAGGAGAGCAGAGGAGUUGGAGGCAGAAAGCCUCAUGAGGGACAAAGAAACAAGAACACAGCUGUACCAGAUGAAACUGAAGAGGGAGGAAGAGGAUGAGAUGGAGCGUUUAAGGAGGGAGAUGGAAAUUAGGACAGCUCACUAUAAGCAGGAAUUGGGUAUGAAAGAAGAGAAAGAGAUGCAACAAUUUAAAAAGGACAAGGAGAGCAGAAAGCAUCUCUGGCAGGAGGAGCUAGCAAAACAGAAGCGGGAGGAAGAAAAGCAAAUACAACAAUUAAAGGAGGCGAAAGAGAUAAGAAAACAGAUAUUUCUAGAGGCACUGAGGAAAGAGGAAGAGGAAGAAGUUGAACAGCUAAAAAGAGAAAAGGAAACAAGAAUGCAGCUCCUGAAAUUAGAAGAUAAAGUGGUGGACAGUUGUAAGAGAGAGAAAGAGAUGAGAACAAGUCUUCCUCUGGAGGAAAGGAUAAAUGAGGAGGAAGAGGAGGCCGAUAAGUUCAAACAGGACAUGGAGACCAGUAUGUAUCUUUUUCAAAAAAAGAUGAUACAAGAGGAAGAGGAGGAGAUCAAACGAUGGAAGAAAGAAAUGGCAAGGGAGGAGGAGUUGAAGAGAGAGGAAGAGGAAGAGUUGGAGGAAUUGAAGGCAGACAAAGACAUUAGAAUGUGUCAGUACUUGGAAUCGCAGCGGAGAGAUAUAGUGGUUUUCCAUGACAUGUUGACGAGUGAGGAGAUUAGCUCAGAAAUGGAGGAUGGGGGGAAAAAUCUCUCCAUGGAGGAGCUAAUGGGAGAGGGAGAAAUGCUGAUAGAUAGGGACAGGGAAGUGGCCCUCCAUUCAGAGGAGCUGGGGACAAGUGAAGAUGAGGAGAUAGAGAGAUUUAAACAUGAGGAGUCUAGAAUGUAUCCCUUUAAUGAGGAGCUGAUUCCAGAGGAAGAGGACAAAAUUAAGAAGAAGACAGAAGAAGCAAAAAUUCAGUGUCGCCAAAAUGAGUUGAGGAGAGACCAAGAGGCGGAAUUUGAGGGAUCGAGAAAAGAGGAGAUGAGAAUGAGCAUGGACAUGUGGCUCUGCAAGGAAAAGCAAGAUGAUCAGGCAGCGCAGUUGAGGAAAAAGGAAACAAAAAUGAGCUUAUACUUGGAGGAACUGAAAAAAGAGGAGGAUGAGGAGGUGAAGCGGUUGAAGACUGAAACUGAAACGAGAAUUCAUCUCCUUCAAGAGACGCUGGGGACACAGGAAGAAGAGGAGAUUGAACAAUUCAAGAAUCGUAUGGAAGCGCGACUGUGUGACCACCAGGAAAGACUCACAAGAGAGGAAGGGGAAAAGAUUGAAAAGAUGAAUACUGAAAAGCAGGUUAAAAUUGAACUGUACCAGGAGAAGCUAAGAAGGGAGGAAGAGGAGGAGGUUGCACGGAUGAAGACAGAAAAAGAUGCUAGAAUUAGCCGCUGUAGGGAAGAUUUAAAGAAAGCUGAAGAAAAAGCAUUGGAAGAGUUCAAACAAAAGGAGACAAGAUUUCAGUCUCAGAUAGAAAUGAACCUGCGCCUCUACGAAGAGAGCCUGAAGAAAAAGGAAGAAGAUGAGACAACAAGGCUGAGGACAGAGACAGAGAGAAAAAUACGCCUUCGGCGGGAUAAGCUGAAAAGAGAGGAAGUGGCGGAGGUAAACCAGUUGAAGACAGCCAAGGAGGGAAGAAUACAUCUUCGCAGGGAUGAGUUGAGUAAAGAGGAAGAGGAGACCAUGAAGAAAUUGCUAGAAGAAAGGGAAAUCAAAAUGCGUCUGAAAUUGGAAGAGCUGACUCGACUUGAUGAAGAGGAGUUGGAACGUUUUAAAAAAGAUAAAGAAAUGAGAAUGCGUCGCAGCCGGGAAGAGAUAAGAAAGGAGGAAGAUGAGGUGGAGAAGUUGAAGGAGGAGGAGAGGAGAAGAAAGAAAGAAUACGAGAUGAGAUUGUGCCUUCGCCAGCAGGAGCUGAGGCGUGAGGAAGAAGAUGAGUUGCAGCGUUUGAAGACCGCAAAGGAAAAGAGAAUGAGUCAGUGCAUGGAAGAGCUGAGGAGAGAGGAAGAGGAGGAGAUAGAGCGUUUAAGAAAUGACAUUGAGAUGCGAAUGCAUCGUCACCAGCAGGAGGCAAUGAGAGAGGAAGAACAGGAGUUGGAGCAGUUAAGGACCGCAAAGGAGGAAAGAGUGAGAGUCUACCUGGAGGAACUGCGCAGUACGGCAGAGAAGGAGAUUGAGUGUUUGAAAAGGGAGAAAGAAAUGAAGAUGCUCAUCCAUCAGAAGGAGUUUAGACGAGAGGAGGAAGAGGCAGUAGAGCUUCUGGAGACAGAAAAAAAAAGCAGAAUACAGCUCCACAUGCAAGAUAUUAGAAAAAAAGAAGCAGAGGAGUUGGAGCAAUUGAAUAAGGCAAAGGAGAUCCGAUUAAAGGCAGAGAAGGAUAAAAGAAUGCGGCUUUUCCAGGAGGAGCUUAGAAGAGAGGAGGAAGAGGACGCAGACAAGUUAAAGAGGCAAAAGGAGAUGCGAAUCCUUAUUUACCAAGAAGAACUGAGGAGAGAAGAAGAGCUGGAGGUGGGGCGUAUGAAGCGAGACAAGGGCAGUAGACUAUAUCUCUCCCAAGAGGAAUUGAGGAAGGAGGAAGAUGUUGAGGCACAACUUUUGAGAGAGCAGAACGCACAAAUUUGUCAACAUAGGGAUGAGCUGAAGAGAGAGGAAGAGGACUGGUCAAAGAGGGACAAAGUGAAGAAUAUUCGAGUGCGACAGGAAAAGCCGAGGAUAGAGAGCGAAGAGAAUGUGGAGAGAUUAAAGAAUGAGAUGGAGGCAGGAUUUUGUCUUCAUCAGGAAACAGAGAAGGACAAGAGAACGUGUGCGCUCCAGGAGGAAGAACUCCAAGAGGAAGAAACAGAGUCGCUAGCAAUGGAAAAGGAAAAUCAGUCAAAUGAAGAGACAGAACUACUGAGGAGCGAAAAACUAAUACAGUUUUGCAAAGAGGAACUGCUGGGAGACGAAGAGGACACCGAACUUUCAAAGAAAGAUAUGAAAGCAAAUCUACCGCAGGAGAUGCCACAACGAGAUGACACAAUGGAGCAACUUAAGAGCGAUUGUGUAACAAAAAAUUGUUUUCUCGAGGAGUGGCAAUGGUCGGAAGAAGAAGGGUUGAAGACUGAGAACAGAACACAUCUCCAUCUGGAGAAAAUGAUUUCGGAGGAUGGAGAAAGAGUGGACAUGGAGGAGAAAACAUUUGUAAUCCAGGGAGAGGAAAGGAUGGAAGAGCUUUUGAAACAAGAGAACCCGGAGCUGUUGCAUCUCAUUCAGGACAAAUGGAUGAAAGAGCAAGAGGAGGAGACUGAUCAGUUGAAGAGGGACAGAGAGAAAAGAAGCCACCUUCGUCAGGAGGAAUUGAAGAAAGAGGAAGAGGAUGAGAUAGAACGACUGAAGAAGGAAAAAGAGAGAAGAUCACAUCGCCGCCAAGAGGAACUGAGGAGACAAGAAAAUGAGGAGGUGCAGCAGUUGAAAAGGGAAAAGGAAAUAAGAAUUCUCAAACGUCAGGAGGAGCUUAGAGGUGAGGAAGAAGAGAGGGAACAACUUCUGAAACAGGAAAAGGAGAGAAGAACACGUCUAUGCCAGGAACAACUGAAAAGGGAGGAGGAAGAUGAGGUGGCGCGGCUGAAGUGGGAAAAGGAGAAGAGAACACGUCUUCUACAAGAAAAGCUGUGGAGAGAAGAAGAAGAGGAGAAGUUGAACAGAGAGAAAGAGAGGAGAGCACGUCUACGUGAGAUGGAGCUGAUUAGAGAAGAGGAGGAGGAGUGUCUGAAGAAGGAAAAGGAGAAGCGAACACGUCUUCGCCAGGAGGAGAUGAGUAAGGAGGAAGAGGAAGAGGCGGAGAGGUUGAAAAGGGAAACGGAGAAGCGACUGCUUUUACACCAAGAGGAUUUGAAGAAAGAGGAAGAAAAAGAAGCGGAAAGGUUAAAAAUGGAAAAGGAAAAAAGAAUGCAUCUUCUCCUGGAGGAUCUCAAGAGGGAGGAGGAGGAAGAGCGGUUACAAAAGGAGAAGCAAAAGAGGAUGCGUCUCUGUCUGGAUGAAUUUAGAAGAGAAGAAGAGGAGGAGAUGGUGAGGUUAAAGCGGGAAAAGGAAAAAAGAGUGCGAGUCUGUAAGGAGACGUUAAGGAGAGAAGAGGAGGAGGAGAUGGAGAGGUUGAAAAGGAAGAAGGAAAAACGAAUGCAUCUUCGCCAGGAGGAGCUGAGGAGAGAAGAGGAGGAGGAGUUGGAUCACUUAAGGAAUAAAAACACGGGGCUCUUCCAAUUGGAUCUGCGGCGUGGGAAAGAGCAGAUGGACAGAUUGGUGAACAAGAAAGAAAAGAAAAUGCGUCUUCGUCAUGUGGACGUCAGGGGAGAAGAGAAGAAGAAACUGAAGAGUGAAUACAAGGACGUGCUAAAAAUCAAGACUUUGCGGGAGUGUCUCCUGGCCACGAAGAGGCACAAGGAGGACUCGGUGACCGCUAACCAGAAGGAGGAGCUGACAGAAUCUGUCCAGAAAGAGAGGGAAGAGGAGCAAAUUAAGAUCAGAAAGGCCAUGUACCGCGUCGAACACCUCACGUCGCCAGCGCACAGGAACCAAGGGCCGGUCAAUUCUGGUAUAGACGUCACACCACUAGGUGAUCCCCAUGUCGCCCACUGGAACACGCUGCAAGCGCAGGCCAAGACCGUAGACCUGAGCGUGCAAACGCUCUCUUCGAGCUCCUGGUCAAUUGCCAUGGCGGCAGGAUCUAAACCGAGCUGA